AUGUCGCACAAACUCGCAAAUAAGAACAUCCUACUUAUCGGCGGCACAUCCGGCAUCGGAUUUGCUGUCGCUAAAGAGGCCCUAGCAGAAGGCGCAAACGUGACCAUUAGUUCAUCCUCUGAGAAAAGAGUAUCCGAGGCUGUCAUUGCUCUUCAGUCCAGCACGUCAGCAAGAGCAUCUUUGGUGCGCAGCUAUGUGGCCGACCUGUCUGUCAAAGACCUACUGGAGAAAACCAUUGAGCAGCUCCUUCAGUAUGCCGCGCAACCAUCUUCUAUUGAUCAUAUUGUCUUCACUGCAGGUGAUGUACCUCCACUGGUGCCUCUAUCAGAAUCUUCUUUCGAAGACUUCGAUGCAUUUCUACCUGUGCGGUUCUACGGGGCGAUGGCAGUCGGCAAAUACGCACCGAAGUAUAUGACUGCCACCAAGAGUUCGUCGAUUACUUUGACGACGGGUACCCAAAGCAAGAAGCCCACCGGAUGGGUCCAGCCCGCCAUUACUGGUGCCAUAGAUGGGCUGAUGAAGGGGUUGGCUUUCACACUUUCCCCGGUUCGUGUCAACGCCGUCUCCCCGGGCUUCAUCCUUACGGAGUUGGUCGAGCGACUACCAAAGGAGAUGAAAGAAGGAGCAGUUGAAAAAUACAAACGGAAAUCUCUGACAAGAGAUAUCGGGUAUCCCGAGGAUACGGCCCAGGCAUAUCUGUAUCUUAUGAAAGACUACUUCGUGACGGGAUCAACAGUGGCUACCAACGGCGGUGCUUGGCUGGUUUAG